AAAGGUAAGAAAACACUGCAAGUAAUCUCUAGUCAAGUCAGUAAAUACUAGAGACUAGAGAGAGACUAGAAUGAGAGAAAGAGAUUGCAGCUACCCCUCUCAAGAACAAAAGCUUUGCUUGCCAAGAUUCUAACUUUGGUCUGCUGUAAGCAUCCUUCCCUUUCUUGGUGCUUUGUCCCUAUCUUCUCUUCCCUUUACAUCCCCUCUCCUCGUUCUCUCCUUCCACAAUUCACACACAACUCUUGCCUGGCCAAAAAAGAAAAAGAAAAAUGUCGGACAAGGUCUUUCCUUCUUCAAAACCAGCAGCCAAUGGCACCGCCACUAACGCCACCACAACCACCCCAAACAACCCACCACCUGCCACCACAAACAAAUCCCACCUCUACAACCCUACUUCCCGCCCACCUUACCGUCCACAACCUCACACUCGCCGCCACCGUAGCCGUAGUGGCCGAAACAUCUGCUGCUGCUGUUGUUUCUGGACAAUCCUCACCAUCCUCUUGCUCCUCCUCCUCGCUGCCAUAGCCGGUGCUGCUCUUUACAUCCUUUACCGCCCUCACCGCCCUUCCUUUACCAUCACCUCCCUGCGUAUCCACCGCCUGAACCUCACCACAUCUCCCGACUCCUCCAGUUCCCAUCUUUCCACUCUCUUUAACCUCACAAUCAUUUCCAAGAACCCCAAUUCACAUAUCUCGCUAGACUAUGAACCCUUCACUGUUUCUGCAUUAUCUGAUGGUAAUGAUGUGUUCCUUGGGAAUGGUACUUUACCUGCUUUUAGCUUGAGUAAAAAGAACCAGACAAGUUUUAGAAACGUUGUGAUUUCAGGGUCGAAUGACCUUGACGUGGAUGCAGUAAAUUCAUUGAGAUCGGAUCUGAAGAAAAAGAAAAGUGAAAAUGGAUCGGUAAUGUUGAAGAUUGAGAUGGAUACAAAGGUGAAAAUGAAGGUGGGUGGAUUAAAGACAAAGAAAGUUGGGAUAAGAGUUACUUGUGAUGGGAUCAAAGGGUCUAUACCAAAAGGUAAGGCACCAACUGUUGCUGUUACUGCUAAGUCUGAGUGUAAGGUUGAUCUAAGAAUCAAGAUUUGGAGGUGGACCUUUUGAAGCUUCUCCUUUCUGUUUUGUUUGUUUUUGUUUUUCUCUUUGGUUUUAUAUUUUUGUGGUUUGUAAACUUUUGAGAAGUAUGAAAGUGCAAAUUAUGGAUUGAGAAAAAAAAUGAUUGAAAUUGUGAGUAGGUUAAUGAAAGGAAAAAAAAAAGGUAUUGAAAUUAAGAAUUCUUUAAAUUUUAAUUAUAUUUUGGUGAUUCAAGUUA